UCAGCCUUCAAAGGCAAACGUAAAUUUUCAAUCAAAUCCAACUGACAAAUAUUUUCUUUGUCAAUCAACAAAAAUUUUCUCUUUAUGUGACAUGAAAUUUCCGUAAGAAAAAAACUACACACAAAUACGCUAAAUUCCAAAUUCCACAAAAAUCCAAAAAAGUGCGGGUAAGGUGUGCGAAAGUAACGGCGAGCGGCAAGCAGAAUCUCCACUUGUGCCAGUGUAAUAUGUAAAAGGUGUUUACUCGUAUCCGCACGGCAAGUGAUUCACGCCCACACUACUGAGUCCUGUUGGUUAGCUAGCUGUCAUGGCGGUCCUCGAGCGCAAUGGCAACUUGAAUAUCUGGUGGUUUCCCAAGGAGUUCAGUCAGUCGCGCUACGGCGAGUACCAUCACAGCGGCACCAAUUCGUGCACUCUAAUCACGCUCAUCCUGGCCGAUAUGGUCGCGAAAGAGGGGCGUGGAUUCUAUUGCCAACGCAUGCAGGAUCUACCACCGCGUGCUGUGGAAAUCUUUGCCGAAGGCAUAAAUAAGGGCAACAGCGCCUACGCACAUCUGAUCGCCACCAGUGCGGAUCCGGAGCGCAGCGGCGGCGUUGCCCUGCAAAUAACGGCCAAUCAAAAUCUCAACAUACCGGACGCGCUGAAUGUGCUCAAGCGACAGCCACACUUUCGCCUCAAAGAGUGGUUCUUCACGCACAUGCAAGCCGAUCCCGAGCGUGAGUCGUGCCGCACCAUUGCGCUGCGUCUGCUGCAGGCGGUCAAUACCGGCCUGCAGCAGUUUCGCCAGGCGGGCAAGGUCAAUGAGCAUUUCCUAUUCGCCGCAAUGAUUUCCGACAAUCGCACCGUUCUAUUUGUUAUCGAGUUUCCGGCGAACCUCAUCACCUUCUUCGAUUCGCAUCAGCAUGGACGUGACGCGGGUGCUGUGGUGGCGCAGUGCAACAUCCGCGACAUGUUCGACAUGAUGAACUGGUUCGUGAACAUGAAUCACGAUGUCUACUCCAGCCAGCCGCACAUAUACGAGGUCUCGUUUCUACUACCCGAUCCAUCGGGUAUGCCAACACCCUCCAAGGGGGAGAAAUGCGAGGUCUCACAGUUGAAGAACAAUAUGUCGCUUGCGAAGAAAAUGCAGAAGAAAUGAUGUAUCUCGGGCGCUAAAUAUUUACUGUGCAUAGUGUGUUGGCCGUACAUUACACUAGCCUCCUGCUGCAAAAAUUGUCAAGUGCAAAUGUUUAUUGAAAGUCGAAAAUGAAAAUCGCAAAAAUGCAAAUGUCGUGUCAACUCGGUCUCUAUUCUUCUAUAACUCAUCCACACAAUCUCUUCAUUUCGAUAAAAAUAAAUAAAAUUUACAGAACCGCAGCGCA